AUGUUAAAAGAUGAGAUCCAAGCCAUCACCAGCAUGAUGGAGAAACAGGCCAAGAUUGUGGUGAAGCCAAAGGAGGUGUCCCAGGAGGAGAAGCAGAGGAAAGCUGCUCUGCUGGCCCAGUACGCCAACGUGACGGAUGAGGAGGAAUAUCCUUUUCCUGACGCGGAUGAGCAGGAUGGAUCGAUCGCGACAGCCGUAAAUAUUGGAUCGGAAAAAUCGCUGUUCCGAAACACAAACGUGGAGGAUGUGGUGAAUGCCAGGAAGCUGGAACGGGAGCUGCUGAGAGAUGAGUUCCAGAAGAAGAAGGAGCAGGAUAAACUCCAGCGAGAGAAGGACAAGUUAGCCAAGCAGGAGCGGAAGGAGAAGGAGAAGAAGAGGACACAGAAGGGCGAGCGGAAGCGAUAG